CACUUGGCCGCGAUGCAUUGUCCAAAUAACCACAACGCACGAAGCAGGUGUGCAACCACAUUGAAAAAGAUAAAACUAUCCUCAUCGACUCAAACCUCAGGUCUUCAACUACAGUGACCUGUUAAGGUGCGAACUCGUAAGUUAACAUUCUAAAGGGAUUAAAGCAUCUUCCAAUGAUCAAACUAAGUUACAACCUCCAGUUGCAGAUCAUCAGACGGAAAAGGAGCGAGCAGAACGAACCAACUGGGGUCCCUAUUACAAAAGGCACGAGUAAUUGUUGCUAUAGCUACAAUUCGGAAGAUGAAAUUGGAGCGGGCCCUUAAGCUGAAAGAUCAGUGUGAUCGAGAGCUUCGCACUAUCUGUGAAGCAAAGCGCCGUCACUAUCUUCCACGAUCGACUUUGGACAGCCAUGAUGAGCUCCAACUGCUCGAGCAGGACAGGACAAAUGAGACUGUGAUCCGAGACAAGCGUGAGCUCGAGCGUUUGAUGCGAAAGCUCUCCCCAGCAUUGAGCCACUUUACGUCGACAGAGGCCGAGUUUGUCCAUGCUCUCCAAGGCUGCUCUGCGUGCAGCAAUCGAUUGGCCUUUUGUGCAUCGUGCACUGAGAAGGCGUCAGAGUUUUUCAAUGGUUUCUCAUCUGCUGAGCUACUUUCUCUGUACGGAACGGAUUUACCGCCUGCCAACGAAACAGAACUAGCGAGUUUUAUUGAAGCCGCCAAUUCCCGUGAAGCUCGAGCUAUUCGCAAUGAAUACAGUGAUAGUUAGCACUACGUAUCUGUGUGCGUUCUGUUAGCAUUCUACUGCUUACUUCGUGGGCACUGGAAACGGAAUGCUAUCGUGUUAACAUCAAGAAGGGAUACAUAUCACCUGAAAGAACGUCUGUGGCUCGAGCUGGAGCCGAAAGAACGUCAACUCUUGGAGAUAGACAGCUUUCCGAGUAGCGAUGCCUUCUUUGUGAAGUAUAAUGUGCUACGUUCUCCAUAAAAAAAA